AUGAACACUAUGACUGUGCCCAGUGAACAAAGGGACACCGACUACGCACGUGACAAGCACGAAGGAAACGCUCUAUUUAACGCUGGAGAUAUCGAUGGAGCAAUUGAAUGUUGGUCAAAACCCAUGCGUUCACUAACCUUUAUCCUAAGCAAGGGUGAAGAUUUUGGUGCCACUCCUGGAGAUAGUCCAGAGAAUUCCACAAUUCAAGACAAGUCUGAAAAUGGUGACUCUAAAGGUAAAGAACCCACAAAUUGGGAAAAGUUUGUUUCGUUAUACGUUGCUCUAUCUCUAAACCUUUCCUUGGCAUAUCUUAAAAAGGGAGAGUAUAACAAGUGUAUUCAAUACUGUGAAUCUGUAUUAGAACGUGAGAAGAAUAAUGCAAAGGCGUUCUUUAGAGCUAUUCAAGCCAGCAUUAAACUCGGAAAUUAUAAAAACGCACAACAAUAUUGCAAACAAGCCCUCAUUUAUCAUCCGAAUGGAGAAGACUUCCAAUCACUCAAACAGCGUAUCAACUCCUACAUGCUCAAGGAUGAAAAGGCACGCCAAAAGGUUAUGCGAAAUAUGAUCAAAAGUAUGGACGACCCUAGGAUAACUAAAAAAAUGUCAAUAGUUUGCCACAUUCUUGCGAUUAUCAACAAGCUAUGGGCACUCGUAUUUGGAGCCGCUAAACACUAUUCACAUAAAUUAUUUGGGCUAAAGAGUAAAAUUUUCUAA